UGCAGAAGACCAAAUCAUCUCUAGAAAACCAUUACUCUAGUCAAACAUAGAAGCAGCAGAGAAAGAGAGAGAGAGGGAGGUGAUGAUUAUCUAAGAAAGAAGCUCCAUUGAUGUCGAAAUCAACAGCUCUCGCCUUCGUAAUCGCAGCUUUAUCUUACUCCCUCUUCUUCCACUCUUCCUCUUCGCCAAAACCUCACUACCAUGCUCUCUUCCUCUCCGCUUCCUUCUCCGACAACGCUUCCGUCGCCUUAAACCUUCGUGCCCUCACGCGCCGCCCUCAUGUGGCCGGUUCGGAGGCCAACGCCGAAGCUGCCGCCUACGUUCACUCCGCCUUCAUCUCCUCCUCACUCAAAUCACACGUCGUCGCUUACCCUGUUUCUCUAACUUACCCAAUUCAUCGCUCCCUUGUACUAACACCAAGAGACUCAGCAAAGCCGAUAACUUUCGCGCUUGAACAAGAACAAAUCGGAGACAAUCCUUACGCAAAUGAAGUGAUGCCUACUUUCCAUGGAUACGCCAAGUCGGGCAACGUUUCCGGGCCUGUGGUUUAUGCAAACUACGGACGAGUCGAAGAUUUCGUUGGUUUGAAUGCCUCCGGAGCCGUCGUGAUUGCGAGGUACGGACGGAUUUACAGAGGAGACAUAGUGAAUAACGCGUAUCAGGCGGGAGCUGUAGGCGUCGUGAUCUACACAGAUAAGAGGGAUUACGGCGGAGAGGAGUGUUUUCCGGCGAGUAAAUGGAUGCCUCCGAGUGGGGUUCAGGUGGGCACCGUUUAUAAUGGGUUGGGAGAUCCGACGACUCCUGGGUGGGCAAGCGUCGAUGGGUGCGAGAGAUUAUCAGAGGAGGCCGUGGAAUUGAGCGGCGAUUCUACGCUCAUACCAUCGUUGCCUGUCUCGGCGGCUGAUGCGGAAGUGAUUUUGAAGACGAUGGAAGGAGAUGUUGCUGAUGGAGAUGUUUAUCUAGUUGGUCCUGGACCUGGGAUCUUGAACCUGACCUACAUUGGGAAAACUGUUAUAGCUGAGAUUGAGAAUGUUAUUGGAGUGAUUGAAGGAGAAGAAGAACCUGAUAGAUAUGUGAUUCUUGGAAACCAUCGAGACGCUUGGACUUUCGGAGCUGUUGAUCCAAACAGUGGCACUGCGGUACUUUUGGAGAUUGCACAAAGACUAGAUAAGCUGCAGAAAAGAGGGUGGAAGCCUCGGAGGACGAUUAUUCUGUGCAAUUGGGAUGCUGAGGAGUAUGCUCUGAUUGGGUCAACAGAAUGGGUAGAAGAAAACAGAGAGAUGCUAACUUCUAGAGCAGUGGCCUACUUGAAUGUAGAUUGUGCGGUAUCUGGCCCCGGAUUCCAUGCUUCUGCGACUCCACAACUCGAUGAAUUGAUCAAAGAAGCGGCUCAAGAGGUUCGUGAUCCAGAUAACACAACGCAAAGUAUCUACGAAUCGUGGAUAGGAUCAAGCAACUCUGGUGUGAUUGGAAGACUAGGAGGUGGAGGAUCGGAUUACGCAUCAUUUGUGCAACAUGUUGGCGUUCCAGCUGUUGACAUGCGUUUCGGAAAAGACUAUCCAGUCUAUCACUCUAUGUAUGAUGACUUCACUUGGAUGGAAAAAUUUGGAGACUCUAUGUUUCAGCGACAUGUCGCAAUGGCUAGUGUUCUUGGUUUGGUCGCUCUUCGGUUAGCAGACGAGGAAUUCUUACCAUUCAACUAUAUCUCCUAUGCAUCAGAACUCAAGAAAAGUGCGGAAGAUUUGGAGAAGUUAGGCCAUAGCAUAGAUGUUUCCCCGUUAAUCAAAUCGAUCCAAGAUCUAUCUACGGCUGCACGAGGGAUAAAUAUAGAGAAGAAGGGAAUUAAAGGAGCUCUGAGAGUGAGAGAGCUCAAUGACAGAUUAAUGAUGGCGGAGCGAGCUUUAACAGACCGAGAUGGACUCUCUGAAAGACCCUGGUACAAGCAUUUGGUGUACGGACCAUCCAAGUAUGAUGACUACGGAUCCAAAUCAUUUCCUGGAGUUGAUGAUGCAAUAGAUGAUGCAAAGAGGCUAAAAACCAAAGCAUCUUGGGAACUUGUUCAACACCAGAUCUGGAGAGUCGCAAGGGCUGUAAGACAUGCAUCACUUGUCUUAAAAGGUGAAUUGAGAUGACAUCAAGAAUGCUCAUGUUGCUUCUAGCACAAUGUUGGAUUAGAUACUGAAAGACAAUGUAAAUAUGUUUUCCUCUGUUGUUCAACCAAAGUCAAAUGCUAUGACUCUUUGUAAAAAUUAAACCCAAAUAAGUUUAACUAUGUUUUCCUCAGUUGUUUAACAUUAAACCCAAAUUUCGUUUUUUUAA